AUGCCUCCUUUUACCAUUGGCCAAUGUACAUUGCUUUCUAAAGUAGACCAUUGGGUGGAAUCCCUGAAGUCACGUUUUAAAGAGGCCCCUACCCCCCGGAAUGUCACCCAGCUCAGGUCCUACCUUGGCCUCCUAAAUUACUACCACCGUUUCUUGCCGAACCUAGCGCACCAGCUCUACCCAUUACAUCGCUUACUGGAUGCAAGAGCUAAAUGGAUAUGGACAGACAAAUGUGAAGAAGCUUUUCGGCUUUCUAAAGAACUCAUUCUGUCUUCUCGAGUUCUGGUCCACUAUGAUUUAAAGAAACCCGUCAUCCUGGCUUGUGAUGCCUCGCCUUAUGGACUGGAACCGUGGUCCAGACUCCAUCUUGAUUUUGCUGGCCCCAUCCAGGGUAAAAUGUAUUUGAUCGUGGUAGAUGCACAUCCAAAAUGGCCGGAGGUUUUUCAGAUGCCUUCUAUUACCUCAGCUGCUACCAUUCUAGUCUUAAGGAAGCUCUUUGCUCAAUUUGGCUUGCCUACAGCCAGAGUCUCCGACAAUGGAACUCAAUUUACAUCGCAUGAGUUUCAAUCCUUCCUUAGUGGUUUGGGUGUCCAACACUACAAAACAGCUCCUUAUCAUCCAGCUUCAAAUGGGCUGGCAGAACGAUUUGUGCAGUCAUUUAAGAAGCACUUACUGUCCACUCUGGACCAGGUUGGACUGUCAGAAGAGAAGCUGCUGGAAUUCUUGAUCAUGUACCGUAACACGAAACACGCUACUACUGGGCUGUCACCGGCUUUUCUUAUGUUUGGCAGGCAUCUCCGCACCAAACUUGAUUUAGUUCGUCCGCAGGAGCAGUCACCAACACCUCCUCCGCCGGGCCGUCUGGGAUUCCGUGCCGGUGAUCUUGUAUGGUCUCAGAAUUACAGAGCUUUGCCUCCUUGGCUUCCUGGCGUUAUUGAUGGAACUCUUGGCAGAAGAAUGUACCUUGUCCGCCUGGAGGAAGGCAUUUGUGUUCGGCGACACCUUUCACAAUUGAGGAAACGCAUUUGCCGGCCACUAGUGACAAAACCGACCCUUCUUUCUGACCACCCACCAGAGUCUACUCUGAACUCUGCUGGUGACAUAUGGCAUGGUGUCUGGCAUGAUCCCACCAGUUUACACCCAAACCCUGAACCGGUUGGUGACCAUAUUCCUGAGGAGCCCGGACAUGUGCCUGAAGUUACAGAGACUGAUUUGUCUGUGGGACGCCCACUGACAUCUCCAGUACCUUUGACUGACUUUAUUCCUCCCGGUGCUGUACCUCUGCGUAGGUCUACCCGUCAAAGACGUCAAACGCCUCGCUGGCAAAGUGCUGAAAUCUUACGGGACACAUUGGAGGUCAGGGAACAGAGACAAAGGGCUCAUGAAGUGCUGCGGAAAUCACAGAACUGA